AGCAACGAAAAAGAUGGCAGAGUAAGUUACUCGAUGUGACGUUAUUAACGUUCUGUUUGUAAUUUUGUUUUUCAAAUAUUAGAUUUUAUUACACAGAAAAAGUAAACAUGAAGUCUAGAUUUGAUAGUACUGACUUAGUAGCAAUUUUAUUGGAGUUAAAGGAUGUUAUUGGGAUGAGAUUAUCUCAAGUAUAUGAUAUCGACCAUAAAACCUACCUGUUUAAGUUGGCUAGACAAGAAGAGAAAUGUACAAUCUUAGUAGAAUCGGGAAUUAGAAUACAUAAAACCGAUUACGAAUGGCCAAAGAGUGUGGCACCUCAUGGUUUUACUAUGAAAUUAAGAAAACAUAUAAAGAACAAGCGAGUUGAAGCCAUCAAUCAGCUGGGAGUUGAUAGAGUUGUGGAUAUGCAGUUUGGUAUAAAUGAAGCGUGUUACCAUAUAUUAAUUGAAUUAUAUGAUAAAGGAAAUAUUGUUUUAACCGAUAACGAAUAUACCAUAUUGAAUAUACUGAGGCCUCGUACUGUUGGAGAUGAAGACGUCCGUUUAGUCGUUCGAGAGAAGUAUCCCGUGGAAUUGGCGAGGAAGGAGGAAUCGCUUUCAAAUGACAAACUUCUUGAAAUUUUAAAAACUGUUAAGGAAGGUGAUUUGCUGAAGAAGGUACUGAUUCCUCAUUUGAUGUGUGGACCAGCUCUUAUCGAACAUGCAUUGUUGAGUGUUGGUUUUCCUCCGAAUUAUAAAAUUGGAAAAGAUUAUGAUUUCUUGGAUGUUUCACAAAUCAUGUUAGCUGUUAAGAAAUCUGAAGAAAUAAUGAAGUCACUUUCAAAUUCUUUGAGUUCAGGAUAUAUUAUUCAAAAGGCUGUGAAGGGUGUGUCUUCAAAUCAGAACGAAAAAAGUGAAGUUUUAACAUUUAUAGAAUUUCAUCCUAUGCUAUAUUUACAACAUAAGAAGAGUCCUUAUAGUGAAUUUCCUACAUUUAAUAAAGCAACUGAUCAUUUUUUCUCUAAUCUUGAAAGUCAAAAAAUAGAUAUUAAAACAUUACAAAAAGAGAAAGAAGCCUUAAAAAAAUUAGAAAACAUUAAGAAAGACCAUGAUAGUAGAAUUGGAACCUUACAGAAAGCUCAGUUAGAAGAUCAAAGAAAAGCUCAAUAUAUUGAAGUGAAUUUAGACCUAGUUCAGAGUGCUAUUUUAACUAUCCAGAGUGCUAUUGCAAAUCAAAUAAGUUGGAUUAAUAUAUGGAAUCUCAUACAGGAUGCACAGAAACAAGGAGAUCCUAUAGCAAAGUCAAUCAAAGGUCUAAAACUUGAUACUAAUCAUUUUACAAUGAUUCUUUAUAAUCCAUUUAUAAGAAGCAAUGUGGAUGAUGAUGAUGAUGAUGAUAACAAUAAUAAUAAUAAUAAUAAUAAUAAUAAUAGUGAUGUGUACAACACAGAUAAUCUUGAUGAUAAACCAUGUAUAGUGGAUAUAGAUCUUGAUUUAUCAGCUUAUGGAAAUGCAAGAAAAUAUUAUGAUCAUAAAAAGCAUGCUGCCAAAAAACAACAAAAAACAAUUGAAUCAACAGUAAAAGCAUAUAAGUCAGCUGAAAAGAAAGCUAAAGAAACACUCAAAGAAGUUGCCGUAACAUCUAAUAUUAUGAAAGCUCGGAAAACAUUUUGGUUUGAAAAAUUUUUGUGGUUUAUCAGUUCAGAAAACUACAUUGUUAUAGCGGGACGAGAUAUACAGCAGAAUGAAUUAAUAGUAAAGCGUUACAUGAAAGCAGGAGAUAUAUAUGUUCAUGCAGAGUUGCAUGGAGCAAGUAGUGUAGUAAUAAAAAAUCCAUCAGGUAAGCCAAUACCACCAAAGACAUUGAAUGAAGCAGGAGCAAUGGCUAUAUGUUACAGUGCAGCCUGGAAUGAAAAAAUAGUUACUAGUGCUUGGUGGGUUUACCAUCACCAAGUAACAAAAACAGCCCCAACUGGUGAAUAUUUAGUUCCUGGAAGUUUCAUGAUUAGAGGCAAGAAGAAUUUUCUGCCUCCUUCACAUUUAAUUGUUGGUUUUGGCUUUCUCUUUAAACUUGAUGAAGACAGCAUAGAGAGGCAUUUAGAUGAAAGAAAACUAAAAAUAGAAGAAGAGGAAGAAAAAUUAAAUGAAUGUGAUACAGUUGAAUGUAACUUAGAAACAGAAAUUGAUUUAAGCAAAUUUUCUGAUACAGAGAGUAAUUCAAGUGAUAUACCUGCAGAAGUUAAUAAACAAAUAAAUGAUGAAAAUACUUCUGAUUCUUUAAAAUUAAACCCUAAAGAUCAAAGUGAUACAUCAAGCUUAGAAAAAAUUUAUGAAAAUGAGAACUUCAGUAACCAAAGCUUUGAAGAAUCAGUCAAUUUUCCUGAUACUGUUGUGAAAUUAUCAAAUUUGUCAAUUGAGGAUACAAAGGAUUCUAACUCUACAAUUCUUGGAAAUGAACAACAGAUAAUUCAUUCCGGUAAAAUAGCCAAAACACAGAAAACAGUUAAUUCUCAAUCUCAGGUCUUUAAAAAUCAGAAAGAAAAAAAAUUGAAUAAUCAAGAACAGAAUCCACAAAAUCAACAAAAAAGAGGUCAGAAAUCUAAACUUAAAAAAAUUAAAGAAAAAUAUAAGGAUCAAGAUGAAGAAGAAAGACAGCUUAGAAUGGAAAUAUUAGCAUCUUCGGGAAAUAAAAAGAAGCAAGAGAAUGAUUCAAAGAAGAAGAAACGGGAGAAAAAAGAAAAUAAAGAAAUGCAACAUCAAAAUAAACAGUUAAAACAAAAGAUUCAACAAUCAAAUAAUCUAAAGAAUGAGAAUAUUGUGAAUAUGGAAGCUGAUUCAUCCAGUGGUAAUGUAGCGACAUGUGAAUUGAAAAAUGAGAAAAACUCUAAACAGGAACAGGAAAAUUCAGAUGAAGAAGUGGAUGUAACUGAAGACAUUUUAAGACAAAAUGAAGAUGAGAAAACUUUAAAUUCUCUUACUGGCUGUCCUGUUUCUGAAGACACACUUCUGUUUGCUGUUCCAGUCUGUGCUCCUUAUUCUGCCAUGCAAAAUUACAAAUUUAAAGUCAAAGUAGUACCAGGUUCUGGGAAGAGAGGUAAAGCAGCUAAAACAGCUUUAAAUAUUUUUAUUAACGAUAAAAGUACAACUUCUAGAGAAAAAGAUUUAUUAAAAAGCACUAAAGAACAAGAUAUCUGCAGAAAUAUGCCUGGAAAAGUAAAAUUAUCAAUUUCAGCCAUGAACAAGAAGAAAUAAAAUAUUUAACUCAAAACUGUGCAGAAUGAUGAUUAAACCUGAUAAUUGAAAGCAUUUGCUCAAAAUUAUAAUUCUUAUUUUUGGAAUAUUAAAUAUAACUCAUAAAUAUAAUGAGAAUUUUUAUUUUUUAAAAUAUAUUUAAAAAUUUUUAAUAACUUAUUGCAUAUUCCUUGUUGAAGAAAAUGAUGUUAUCCAUUAAAAAUUAAUUUAAAAAU